GCAUCACACACACAGCUUUAACUUUCCAUAGAGAGAGAGAUAUAUAUUUAUAGACAAUCAUCUUUCCAGCAAUCUUGUGUAUCAUAAUUCUCCAUCAGAGAGAGAGAGAGAGAGAGAGAGAGGGAAUGGAGGAAAAGAAGCCCCUUUUGGCAGUUCUUGCGAUACAGCUAGUGUAUGCAGGGUAUUUCUUGCUAACGAAGCUUGCAUUUGAUGUGGGAAUGAACACUUUUGUCUUCGUUUUCUACAGACAAGCUGCUGCUACCCUCUUCUUGCUCCCCAUUGCCAUCUCUCUCGAGCGGAAAACUGCUCCACCAUUGCCACUUUCACUCCUCAUCAAGAUUUUCAUGCUCAGUCUAAUUGGGAUUACAAUGAGCUUGGAUAUUGUGGGUGUGGGUUUGAAGUACACGUCAGCAUCUUUGGGAGCUGCCACUUCCAAUACACUACCUGUUAUCACUUUCUUCCUUGCACUUCUUUUUGGGAUGGAGAAGGUGAAUAUAAGAAGCAGGCCUGGGUUGAUGAAGGUUUGUGGAGUAACACUUUGCAUAGGAGGAGUAGUGACCAUUGCAUUGUACAGAGGCCCUUUCUUGAAACUAUUGCUUCACCAUCACUUGAUACACAAUCAAAUCCAACCACAUUUGUCCCCUCAAAAUACUUGGAUUCAGGGUGUCUUUCUCAUGCUACUUGCCAACUUAUGCUGGGCUUUCUGGCUCGUCUUACAGGGGAGAGUAUUAAGAAGUUAUCCAUCAAAGUUGCUGUUGACAACCCUACAAUGCUUUCUGAGCGCAAUACAAUCAUUUUUAGUUGCUAUUAGUGUUACAAGAGACCCUAAUGAGUGGCAACUUGGAUGGAACAUCAGACUUGUGUCUGUAGCCUACUGUGGAAUAGUGGUGACUGGCUUCACAUUCUACCUUCAAACAUGGGUUGUUGAGAAGAAAGGUCCGGUUUACCUAUCCAUGACCACUCCAUGGAUCAUGGUUUUCACAAUCAUUCUAUCAGCAAUUGUUUUGGGGGAGAUCAUCACUUUGGGAAGUGUUAUUGGGGCAAUUCUCCUAGUUGGAGGGCUUUAUUUUGUGCUAUGGGGAAAGGCUAAGGAAGAAGAGAGGGAAAAAGGGGAAUGCCAACAAAUUGGAGAUGUUGAGAAAGCAUGUGGAGGGGAGACUACUACUACAUAGAGUUCAAUUAAUACAUAUAUAUGGUCCAUGGGUUAUAUUAGAUCUAAUAUAUACUUUUCACAUGUGUUUCAGUGAUAUUUGAGAUUUCAUGAUACAUUUUAGUGUUACAUUUUAUGUAUUGUUGUCAUCAGUACGCAUCAUGUGUAUAUUAGAUGACGUGCAAUUGUAUUAGUCAUAAUAACAUAUGUAAAUGUCCACGUGAAGUGCACCGAUGAAAUGAAACAUGACGUGUAACACUCAAUUAUAUUGUAUCGUAUUGAAAUAUUGAAAUUCCAUUUUCUUGCA